AGCAGACUUAGCAACCAAGAGAAAACCAAGACAAAAAUGGUUGGCGCUUUGAUUGGAGAGGCUUUUCUCUCCGCUUCCAUCGAGGUGCUGUGUGACAGAAUUGCUUCAACCAAGUUUGUUGACUUGUUCCGGCAGAAUAAGCUGGACGAACCCCUUCUCGAGAAACUGAAGGUGACGCUGCCCGCCCUUUCUGCAGUCCUCAAUGAUACAGAAGAGAAGCAAAUUUCAAACCGUGCUGUGAGAAAAUGGCUUGACGAGCUCAAGCAUGCUGUCUUGGACGCGGAGGAUUUGCUGGAUGAGAUCGACACUGAAGCUUUGCGAUGCAAGGUGGAAGGUGAAGGUCAAACCAAGAAAUUAACCGACAAGGAGUGGAACUUCUUCUCUACUUCUCCUACUCAUUUUUAUCAAAGCACGAAUGUUGAGAUACGAAAGUUAUUGCAAAGGCUGGAUGGCUUUGUGCAACAGAAGGUUGCCCUUGGUCUGACUGGAGAUGUUGCGAGGAAGGGUUCACAAAGAACUCCAACAACUUCAUUGAUUCAUGAACCUUGUGUAUAUGGAAGAGACGGAGAUAAAGAAAAUUUAUCAAAAGUCUUGUUCUCUGAUGAAGCAAGCGAGAAUGAUGUAUCUAUCAUCACCAUUUUUGGUAUGGGCGGGGUUGGCAAGACGACCCUUGCUCGAGCCCUUUACAACGAUGAUAAGGUGAAGGAGCACUUUACCCUUAGAUCUUGGGCAUGUGUUUCAGAAGAUUAUGAUGCUAUUAGGGUGACUAAAACUCUUCUCGAGUCGGUCACUUCAAAACCUUGUAAGAUGACAGAUUUGAUUUUGCUUCAAGUUGAACUUAGAGAACAACUGAGGGGAAAGAAAUUCUUAUUUGUGUUGGAUGACCUUUGGAAAUUUGAAAUAUUUUGAUUGGAAGUGCCUGCAAACUCCUUGUUCUCUAAGUUGUUCUCUAAGUUCAACUUGAAGCAAAUUCAAAUCUGUCAUAUUACAAGGUGUUGAAGUGACUGACUCGAGAAGAGUUUUAGUCACCCUAAUAGCAUCAUAAUCUUCUGAAACACAUGCCCAAGAUUUAAGGGUAAAGUGCUCUUUCACCUUAUCAUCAUUGUAAAGGACUCGAGCAAGGGUCGUCUUGCCAACCCCGCCCAUACCAACAACGGUGAUGAUAGAUACAUUAUCCUCGCUUGCAUCAUCAGAGAACAAGACUUUUGAUAAAUUUUCUUUAUCCUUGCGUCUUCCAUAUACCAAAGGUUCAUGGAUCAAGGAAGUUGUUGGAGUUCUUUGUGAAACCUUCCUCCCAACAACUUCUGUAAGACCAAGGGCAACUUUCUGUUGCACAAAGUCAUCCAGCCUUUGCAAUAACCCUUGUAUCUCAACAUUCAUGCUUUGAUAAAAAUGACUACGAGAAGUAGGGAAGAAGUUACACACCUUUUUGGUUAAUUUCUCGGUUUGACCUUCACAUUCCACCUUGCAUCGCAAAGAUUCAGUGUCGAUCUCAUCCAGUAAGUCCUCCGCGUCAAAGACAGCGUGCUUGAGCUCGUCAAGCCAUUCUCUCACAACAGGGUUCAAAAUUUGCUUCUCUUCCGCAUCAUUAAGGACUGCACAAAUGGUGAGCAGCGUCAUCUUCAGUUUCAUGAGGAGUGGUUCAUCCAGCUUCUUCUGCCGGAACAAGUCACCGACGUCGGUUGAAGCAAUGCGCUCACAUAGCACCUGGAUGGAAGCGGAGAUAAAAGCCUGUCCAAUCAAAGCGGCAGCCAUUUUUCUCUUGGUUGCCAAGUUUGCUAAUAGCUCAAUGAAGAAUGAAAGGCUUUUGAGAUUGUAAAUAAAUAUGCAUCCCAAUUUGUAAUGAACUUCUGAUUGGUCAAUCUCUUGUAAUCAACCCUUGAAUAGUCAUGAACAACAAUAACUUUUGAAACUUUAAAAGGUCAACUGGGGACAACUUUUGAAACUUUGAAAAGUCAACUGGGG